AUGACCACAACUCAUGCGACCACCACUAUUGAAGUCCAGUCAGUGCCGCCAACGGCUUCAGGACCAACACAUCGAGGAAAGAAGAACAAAUUGCAUCGGCAAAUACAUUCAAUGUCAUCCUCUGAAGACGAACUUCCCUCCACAUCGACGGGCUUCGGUGAGGAGGAAGUUCAACGUGUACCAAAUGAGUGCACAUCUGAAAAGGAUCUGCUACGGUACAUCUAUGGAUCUGACAAGGUGAAGAACAGACCCGGUGCUACUGUUGUACGACAUCCUGUCGAUGAAACUCGUCCAAGUACGCAACAUCACGAACCACCGUCGGCUCCCAUUAUUCCUGGAGAUAUGUUGGCCGCGAAAAUUCGUACCUACCUUUCGGUGAGCCUUUCAGAUAUUGAUCAGUUUCGGCUCAAAAUAAUCACACUUUUUUUAUCGAUUUUAUAG